CGGGAGAGGAGGGAGGGGGAUGGGGCCGCCGGACUCUGGGCGCAGCGGGUCCGGUCGUGAGGCGAGCGGAGGGCUCGGACUCUCCCCGCCGUCCGGGGUUUGGCCGGAAUGCGGCCGUCGCCUUCCCCGCCCGGUUGCCUUGGAGGUGCUUGUCUGCGGGUCUUCUGGCGGGAGCCGGGGGCUCUGCGCUUGGGAUACGCCCCGAAACGAGUCGGGGGUGCAGCUGACGGAGGAAUGAGGGAGAAGAGGAUCGUUCUGUGUCUGAUUUGUGAUAAGCACAGCCUGCACUUCGUCAGGACCCUGUUAGGAGUCUUCAUGUUGUCCUAUCUGGAUGAAACUGAUCUGAGAAGAAGCUGGGGACAUUCUGUUUGGGCUAAGCACUUCCAAUAAACUCUUGGCUGAAAAAUUCAGGUGUAUCCAUCAGGAAACAGAGAGGUGCAGGCUAAAUGGAUCUAAAGACAGCAGUCUUCAACGCAGCUCGUGAUGGCAAGCUGCGGCUCCUUUCCAAGCUACUGGCAAGUAAAACAAGGGAAGAGGUGGCCCAGCUGAUGUCAGAAAAAACCAAUGGUGCCACACCACUUCUGAUGGCGGCCCGCUAUGGUCACCUCGACAUGGUGGAAUACUUGUUGGACCAUUGCUCUGCCUCGAUAGAAGUUGGUGGCUCGGUGAAUUUUGAUGGUGAGACCAUCGAGGGAGCUCCGCCGUUGUGGGCAGCAUCAGCCGCCGGGCACUUGAAGGUUGUUCAGUGCUUGUUGGAUCAUGGUGCGUCUGUCAACAACACGACGCUGACAAAUUCAACGCCUCUUAGAGCUGCCUGUUUUGAUGGUCACCUGGAAAUAGUCAAAUACCUUGUGGAGCACAAAGCAGACCUGGAAGUAUCAAACCGUCACGGGCAUACGUGCUUGAUGAUCUCAUGUUACAAAGGCCACAAAGAAAUAGCUCAGUAUUUACUUGAAAAAGGAGCUGAUGUGAACAGAAAAAGUGUUAAAGGAAAUACAGCACUACAUGACUGUGCAGAAUCUGGAAGUUUGGAGAUCAUGAAGAUGCUUCUCAAGUAUUGUGCUAAGAUGGAAAAGGAUGGUUAUGGAAUGACUCCCCUUCUGUCAGCCAGUGUGACAGGCCACACAAAUAUAGUGGACUUUCUGACCCAGCAUGUACAGACCAGUAAGGCUGAGCGCAUAAAUGCCCUGGAACUUCUAGGAGCAACAUUUGUGGACAAAAAGAGAGAUCUGCUUGGUGCUUUGAAAUACUGGAAAAGAGCUAUGGAGAUGAGAUACAGUGAUAGGACUAAUAUCCUCAGCAAACCUGUGCCACAAACACUAAUUAUGGCUUAUGAUUAUGCUAAAGAGGUAAACAGUUCAGAAGAGUUAGAAAAUCUUAUUGCAGACCCAGAUGAAAUGAGAAUGCAAGCAUUAUUAAUUAGAGAACGUAUUCUUGGCCCUUCGCACCCAGACACAUCCUACUAUAUUAGAUACAGAGGUGCUGUGUAUGCAGACUCUGGAAACUUCAAGCGUUGCAUCAAUUUAUGGAAGUAUGCUUUGGACAUGCAGCAGAGCAAUCUUGAUCCUCUAAGCCCUAUGACAGCCAGCAGUUUGCUAUCAUUUGCUGAACUUUUCUCCUUCAUGCUUCAGGAUAGGGCAAAAGGCCUGCUAGGCACUACUGUCACUUUUGAUGAUCUGAUGGGUAUACUGUGCAAAAGCGUUCUUGAAAUAGAACGGGCCAUGAAACAAACCCAGUGUCUUCCUGAUCCAGUACAGCUGAACAAAGCUCUUUCCAUCAUUUUGCAUUUAAUUUGCUUGUUGGAGAAAGUACCUUGCAGCUCAGAACAGGAGCAUUUUAAGAAACAAACUAUUUACAAGUUUCUUAAGCUUCAGCCUAGGGGAAAGAAUAACUUCAGUCCACUUCACCUUGCUGUUGACAAUAAUACUACGUGUGUUGGUCGCUACCCAGUUUGUAAAUUCCCCUCUCUACAAGUUACUGCUAUCCUGGUGGAAUGUGGUGCUGAUGUAAAUGUCAGAGACUCUGAUAACAAUAGUCCAUUGCACAUUGCUGCACUGAACAACCAUCCAGAUAUCAUGAAUCUCCUUAUCAAGUCAGGUUCACAUUUCGAUGCCACAAACUCAUGUAAACAAACAGCUAGUGAUUUGCUGGACGAGAAGGAAAUAGCAAAGAAUUUAAUCCAGCCCAUAAAUCAUACUACUUUGCAGUGUCUUGCUGCUCGUGUAAUAGUGAAUCAUAACAUAUCCUAUGCAGGGCAUAUCCCUGAAAAACUAGAGAACUUCGUUUUGCUCCAUAGAUGAUAGUGUGGUGUUCCAGAGUACUGUUUUUGAAGCACGACAUGGUGAUAUUUUCCUUGAGCACUGUUGUGAUACACCAGCGUUCCCUUAGCUUGCUCCAUUUUGCUCUCAUUGCCUAGUGUUGUUAGCAUCAGAUCUGCAGAGUUGGUUACCCAGUAUUUAAUAUGAAUACGCCAUAUAAUAUAUUUUGUGGAUUAUUUAGAAAUGUAAUGCCAUAUUUAGACUUUAAAUUGUCUGCCAAAGGCUUGUCUUUUCUGGUCUUAUUUGCCUGUUGGGUGUUCGGGACUGAGUUGAAUAUUUUCCACUGAUGUCUUUUUACUAUACCUGUUAUGUGGAUUUUAUACUGUUGGAAGGUCAUCUUUUUUUGGUUUUGCUUGAGCGUUUCUACUCCUACUCUCUUCUUUUUCUAUGGACUCAUUGCUAAACUGUGCAAGUUGUAUGGACUUGUUAACAUUUGCAACUACCAUAAGUGCUUUUAUCUUCUCUAUGCACUGGCUUAAACAUGACUGUUGUGUGUGAGCAUAUUUCUAUGCAGCACUUGGCCAAUUUCAACUUAAAUGCCAAUCUUGUUUUGCAGUUUGUUUAGAGUUCUCUUGAGAAUGCUGUCUUCAUAGCAUGAUGAAUUUUGGAGUUAUUUAUCAGCUCUCCAAACUUGGGUUUGACUUUUUUGACUGCUGUAACUGAGGUUGCUUUCAUUUUGAUCCUCUGGAAUUUUUUCCUAAACUGGGGAGAAGAAAAUCUUGCUUUUUCUGAUUGUAGUCCACUUGAACUUUAAAUCUGAAAACUGUUUUGUUGCAUCGUGCAGCUGGGGGAAGAGUCCUCAUGAUGUGCAACUGACACCUUCCCCUCUGCAUUGUCUUGCUUGUGCCGGUUAUGUGACUAGAUGUGAAGUUUGCUCAAAGUUUAACCUCAAACCUUAAUGAUACACUUCUAUGAGAAAUAGAUCAUAUAUAUGCUCUGCUUUAAAGUCUGCAAAUCAGCUUUAGCUUACAAAAGAAAACUAAAGCAUGUUGAUGGCAUGAUGUUUAUCAGUCCAGAUCUAGACAUCAUAUAGUAUAGUAAGUGGCUGCCUGCCGGGGUAUUGAAAGUUCUAUAGCAGUGUCCUUUUUUUUCUUCAUUUUAAGUAUCUUUAUUAAUACUUGCAUGGGUUUUUCAUCUCUACUACGUCAGUUGUACUUAAAAAAAGCAGGAGUUCUGUUGUGUAUAUAGCUCCUAUUAAAGUACCUAUUUUUUAUAAUAUUUGCACAACAGCUUAGCUUUUGCAACAGAAAGGGCUCUUUUGACUUGAUAAGAAGUCUAUAAAUGAAGAUCAUAAGUGUGAGUGCGAUUCAGGUAAUUAAUAUAAUUCAGCACUUUACUGUUGAUUAAUAGUAGGAUUUAUUAUGGCACAUUAGCCCUAAAGAUGUCUUAAAAGUGAAACUAAUUUCUGUUGGAUAGGAUACAGUUUACUUGCAAAUUUAGUUGUCUAGCAUUUUGGGUAUUUUUGGCUUAAUGGUUCAUCUCAGUUGUGGGCAGUAAGUGUACCUAUGGGGUUCUUGCUCCAGAAAUCCAACAACUGAUUUUAUGCCUUUGUCAGAGAUAAGAGAUAUUUAGAAUCCAAAUUGGUUAGGUUAGGAGGGUCUUUGUAAUACUUUAAUUUUUAAGUUGAUGUUAGAACACUUUUAUUAUUUGUGGUUAAACUUGAGGCAGAACAUGUCUUGGGAGCACAUAAGAAUAGCCCUUCCUUUUUUUUGUUCUGUUUUGGCAUUCCUGCCAGUGUAUGGCAGUGUGCAGGUGCCUACUAGCUUAGCCAUUUUUGCAAAAAUUAUGGGGAUGUUUUUAAGCAAAGAUGUGUUGAAAGCAGUGCUGUUUGUGUGUUGUCACUACCAGACUUGCUGUUUUGAAGCAAUUUUCUCUGGUUUGUCCCUUGCUGUGUCUAUGUUGUAUACUGUUACAAGAAUCAUAGAAUUAUUUAGGUUGGAAAAGAUCCUUAAGAUCAUUGAGUCCAACCCUUAACCCAGCACUGCCAAAUCCAGCACUAAACCAUGUCCUUAAGUGCCACAUCGACAUGUGUUUCAAAUACCUCCAGCCGUGGUGACUCAACUGCUUCCUUUGGGCAGCCUGUUACAUUGGUUAACCACUCUUUCCAUUAAGGAGUUUUUCCUAGUAUCCAAUCUGUAUUUCCCCUAAUUCAUCUUGAGGCCAUUUCUCCUUGUAUCGCUUGUUACCUGGGAGAAGAGGCCAACCCCUGCCUUGUGAAGUAAUUGUAGAGAGUUGUAAGUUCUCCACUGAACCUCCUUCUCUCCAGGCUGAACAACCCCAGCUCCCUCAGCUGCUCCUCAUCAGACUUGUGAUCCAAACCCUUCUCCAGCUCCCCUGUCCUUCCUGGUCAUGCUCUGGCACCUCAAUAUCUUUUAUGUAAUGAGGGACCCAAAACUGAGCACAGCACUUGAGGCAUGGCCUCACUGGUGCCCAGUACAGGGGACAAUCACUGCCCUGAUCCUACUGGCCACACUAUUGCUGAUACAGGCCAGGAUGCAUGUUUUUCUAGCAUCACACAAAACUAAACUCUAGUCAGUUGACUGAAUUGCUGUGAUUUUUAGGACAUGUGCCACUCAGCUUCUCAUUUGUGAGGACGUGUAGUUUGGUUUUUGAAUUUACACAUUUUAAUGCUUUUCUGCUGCUCUGUAUGUGGGGAUAAUCAGAAAAUGAUACCAUGCUAGAAUUAUACAUCAAGUCAUAAAAAUAAUUAUUUUUAUAUAGGUCUCAGAGAAAAGGAUUUUUAGAGUUUUUUACUUUGGAAUCUGUCCUGCUCUUUGGUGGUUUUUGUUUAAAUUUCUGUCUUUAUAACUGACAAUUACCCUGUUUAAAAUUAGUUGGUUGGUUGUUCAGCCUGAGGAAGAGAAGGCUACAGGGAGACCUUUUAUGGGACCUUCCAGUACCUAAAGGAGGCUACAAAAGAGCUGGAGAUAGACUUUUUACAAAGUCUUGGGGUGAAAGGACAAGGAGGGAUGGUUUUAAACUGAAAAAGGUGAGAUUUAGCUUAGGUAUAAGGAAGAAACUGUUUACUAUGAACAUGGUGAGGCACUGGCAAAGGUCCAGAGGAGUUGUGGAUGCCCCUUAACUGGAAGUGUUCAAGAUGUUCAUCCCCCACUGGAUGGGGCUCUGGUCCAGUGGAAGGUGUCUCUGCAUAUGGCAGAGAGGUUGGAACUAGGUGGUCUUUAAGGUCCCUUCCAACCCAAAUCAUUCUAUGAUUUAUGAUUAUUAGUCCAGAAAUAUAAUGUAAAUUUUUUAAUUGUUAGAAAUUUUUUAAAUGGAAAGCAUUCCCAAAAGUGAAAGCAUAUCACUAUUAGUUCUAUGUAAAUCUAGUGAAUAUUGCUACAAGAAAGGCUUACUGUGUUAGCUUCUCUUCAGAAACAAACCAGGCUAUUAGUACAUGCUGAUUUAUUGCACGAAUUUCUGUGUAAAUAUCUACUGAUGUGUAUCAGUCUGAAGGAUUUAUCACCUCCAUGCUGAAUUCAGUUUUUCAUGGUGAUGAAGCUCUCUGCUGAAGAGAGCUUAUCUUGCCAGAUUACUUAAACUUAUGUUUCCUGGCAGAUGAGUUCAUGCAUUUUUGGCCACUUUUCAUUUAGACCUAUGUGUUUACACUACUCUGUUUUAUUUAUCUUAAUUUUAAUUUUGUAAUAUUUUUAACUCAUUCUUUUGCAAUUUUUUCUCCUAAUUUGCCCUUUUUUUUUCUGAUGAAACACACUGCUUCUGAGCUACCGACACAGAAAAAUGCUGAGAACACUGCAGAAAUAAUUAUAUGCCCUGCAGGGAUGAAAAAAGUUUUAAAUUGAUUAAACAGCUUACAGGUAUUGCUCCCCUAGAGACAAAGGAACUGAUACUUCCUUGCUUGUUGAGACCUCUAAGUUGCUUUUUUUACGGAAAGGGAUAAAUGCAUAGAGCAGCUUUUCUUCUGAUAAUUGUGGGUUUCAACUGAAGUACAUAAACAAAGAAGAUGAAAAAUAUUCCCAUUUAAAAAAAUCUAAAAUUAUGUUCCUAUUUUUGUAUCACUUAGGCUGGUAACAAGAUUCCAGCUGUCUGCAGUGUGUCUGUUCUAUUUGUUAGGUGCAGUGUAAAGACAUUUUCUGAAAUGCAAGGCAACAUUCUGGUUAUUUUUCCAUAUAUACUUCACAAAGCUCCCUGGAUAGGAAGUAGUCUUGUGUCGUUCCUAAGUCCACAAAGAGCUGUCUUUUAACAACUGUUUUGCAACUGGUUAAAAUUAACCUUUCUAUUUUUGCAAACACUACUUUAAAUAAAGUAAUGCAGUGCUAUAGCAAAAUCCUUAAAGGAGGAUUUGUAAUUAGAUGAAAACCUUUUGAGGAAAAGUGUGCCUUGCCUCAGUUUUGUAUCAGCUGCAAGGUGACAGUGGUGGGAUAUGGCUGCUCUCGAAAUAGCUUUGAAGUGCUUUGAAAUAUAGAGUGGAAUGACUGUUAUACUCUAAAAUGUUGAGAAGCAUGAAAAAGUAGACUAAACACUAAUUUUACCUUCUGUGACUAAAAUGACGCCAACUGGUAUUUAACGUUUGAAAGUAAUUUUGGUAAUUUUGAUGAGAGACAUACUAGACUGCUCAUAUUUCUUGCUUUUGAGUGUAAAAGUAAAUGUUGAGCCCUCAGUGAGGGCAGAGUGAAAAGCUGUUGUUGGUUUGGUUUUAAAUAAUGUUGUAUUUGUGUUCCAUUCUAUUGCGAAGACUUCCUAUGCAGGGCUAGCUCCAUGUAUGGAAAUAUUGCAGUUUCUUUUUUACGUGAAGUAAUUUAGCUUUAACUGUAAUGUAAAAAAGGAAUAACAUGCAUAUUUCUCUGUUCCUACUCUCUUUAGGCUCCAAAUGCAGAUUACAUUAAAAAUAUGUUUUGGAGAACACCU